UUACCAGCCUGCUCCUACCUACAUCGUCCCGGGUCAUCUUCUGCAUCCCGAAAACCGAUGAAGGGCUUUUGGACCGGCGUUUUGUUCUCCUUGGUGGUGACAGAAGUUGUUGCCCUCCAGUGCUACUCAUGUAGUGGAAACAGCGACUGCCGAGAAACGGAAACAUGUAAAGAGCACCAGAAGAUGUGCAAGACCACCGUCAUGACCAUAAUCAAUCGACACAAGAUCUCCCCCUACUUCCUCAAGGGUUGUGACGUAAGUGGAAAGCCAAAUAAUUCCAUCUCACACCUUCUGGGCCAUCGACUUGUGUUUCUGGCAGAAGAACAUUGUGAAACCGAUCUGUGCAACAGUGGUGUUCCCAAGGAAGUACCCAGAAUGAGGGAUAUGAUCCAUGUCCGAGGCCACAGAGAAAACAUCCUGAGUUGCUAUUCUUGUACAGCUGCUGAUAACACUUGUAACAACUCCAGUCUCACACAGAUGAAUUGUUUCUGGCCCCAGGAAAAGUGUGUGGAUAUCACCUCCUUGACAGAUCCAGAAG